GGGACAUCCACCUCCCUCUCUUCGGGUCCAGUUCCGGAUGUUCAUCAAGGCUGCCGGGACCUCGCCUGCCGCCCGCCUGGUCCCUCUGGCUCCCCAUAGGCCCCAGCCCUCACCCCACCCCCAGCCCCACGCACACUCUCUUGCUCCUUCCCGACAUAGCUCCACCUAGUUCCCCGCCUCUGACCCCGCCCCACCCGCCUCCGCCGGGGCGGCCUAGGGCCACCGGUCGCUGGAGGACCCUGAGCAAGCUAUGGCUUCCGGCGGCCCGCGGGUGCUGGUGGUGGGCGGCGGCAUCGCUGGACUGGGCGCUGCGCAGAGACUCUGCAGCCAUCCGGCUGCUCCACACCUGCGGGUCCUAGAGGCCACUGCUGGCGCUGGUGGCCGCAUCCGCUCGGAACGCUGCUUCGGUAACCGCCCCUUGGGCCCCUUGACUGACCCCGGACCCCAUCCGACUGGUGGUGUAGUGGAGCUGGGUGCACACUGGAUCCAUGGGCCCUCCCAGGGCAAUCCUGUCUUCCAGCUGGCUGCGAAGUUCGGGCUCCUGGGGGAGAAAGAGUUAUCAGAGGAGAACCAGCUGGUGGAGACAGGAGGGCACGUGGCCCUGCCCUCUGUGAGCUAUACCAGCUCUGGAACAUGUGUGAUCCCGGAGCUGGUGACAGAGAUGGGCAAUCUGUACUAUGGACUAAUAGACCGAACCAGAGAGUUCCUGAAUGCCCCUGAGACCCCAGUGGCCAGCGUUGGAGAGUUCCUGAAGAAGGAGCUAAGUCAGCAGGUGGCUAACUGGACUGAGGAUGAGGACACCAAGAAACUGAAGCUGGCUAUCCUGAAUGCCUUCUUCAAUACAGAGUGUUGUGUGAGCGGCACCCACAGCAUGGACCUGGUGGCCCUUGCACCAUUCGGGGAGUAUACAGUGCUGCCGGGCCUGGAUUGCACCUUGGCUGGUGGUUACCAAGGACUUACCAACUGCAUACUGGCUUCCCUGCCCAAGGAUUCGAUGGUUUUUGACAAGCCGGUGAAGACCAUUCACUGGAAUGGGUCCUUCCAGGAAGCUGCUUUUCCAGGGGAGACCUUCCCUGUGUUGGUGGAGUGUGAAGAUGGUACCCGCCUGCCUGCCCAUCAUGUCAUCGUCACCGUGCCCUUAGGUUUUCUCAAAGAACAUCAAGAUACCUUCUUUGAGCCACCACUGCCUGCCCAAAAGGCAGAAGCCAUCAAAAAAUUAGGCUUUGGUACCAACAACAAAAUCUUUUUGGAGUUUGAGGAGCCCUUCUGGGAGCCCGACUGCCAGUUCAUCCAGGUGGUAUGGGAGGACACAUCACCCCUACAGGACACAGCCCUCUCACUCCAAGACACCUGGUUCAAGAAACUCAUUGGCUUUGUGGUCCUGCCUCCUUUUGAGUCUUCACAUGUGCUCUGUGGGUUCAUUGCUGGCCUUGAGUCGGAGUUUAUGGAGACUCUGUCAGAUGAAGAAGUGCUUCUUUCUCUAACCGAAGUACUCCGGAGAGUGACAGGAAACCCACAAAUGCCAGCGGCCAAGAGUGUGAUGAGGUCUCGUUGGCACAGUGCCCCAUACACCCUAGGUUCCUACAGCUAUGUGGCUGUUGGCAGUACUGGCGAUGACCUAGAUCUGCUGGCUCAGCCCCUCCCUGCUGAUGAAACUGGUACCCAGCUCCAGAUACUCUUCGCUGGGGAAGCCACACAUCGGACAUUUUAUUCCACCACACACGGGGCCCUCCUGUCUGGCUGGAGGGAAGCUGAUCGCCUCAUUGGUCUGUGGGACUCACAGGUGCAGCAGCCCUGGCCCAGGCUGUGAGUGUCUGCUGCUCUGCUCUGCUGUCAUGGGGGCUGACCGAACUCCUCCAUCUGUUGGGUACAUGAUUUUCUGUCUGGUUUGAGGUUUGGGGAUCUUACUGGUAGCUUUAAUGUUGGGGAAGUGGUCCCAUUUCUCAUAUCUGUUGUUGGAGCCUGGCCCCGCUGUGUUGUUGCACACAUAAAGCAGUGAAUACCGCCUGUGUCUAGAGUACUUCCCAUACUGCAUCCACUUCUCAGCCUGUUCCCAUCCAAGUCCAGGUCCCGUCUGCCCCUUCUAUCACCAGUUCAUGGCUUUCCCCCCUGGGUUCUUUGGGCCUUAGGUUCUGUGGUUACCCUUUGUUCUGUUUCUGAAGGUGUUUCCACUACUGUUGUCCAGUACCACAGUAUGGCUAAUGAACCUCCCUUUGAUUGUUAAUGGAUCUGUGUCAGGUACCCUAGAGGGGUGUGCUGAAUGAACGUGUAGAACUGAGAAGACUGGGUAUGGUAGGGAAAGGCAUUCUAUCCUGGCCUGGCUUGGGGGUUUUUUGGAGGUGAAGAAAAAAAUUGUUUAUAAAGAUUAUUGGGGUAGCAGGUUGGCUAAGCACAGGGAGGUUAUUGGGGAAACAGAAUAUGGAGGUGGGGUUAGGAAGGGUGCUGGGGAGCCAGGAGUGUUGGGGUAGACAUGGGGAGUGUGUUAGGGAGCUAGGCAGUGUUGGGUAGGUCUCUUGGAUACUUGGCAGUCUGUCUCACUGCAUCCUCCCAGCAGCUUGAGGACAGGUCUCUUGCUUCCGCUUACAGAGGAGACAGAGCACUUAGACUUAGUAACUCCCCAUGCUGCAUCUGUCACAAGAGCUUGCACAUCUCUGGAUAGUAGAGCUGGAGAGGCUGGUGCAGCCACUGGGGUGGUGCUCCAGAGGGAGCUAUGGGAACUGCAGAGACCCUUGUCCCACCCUUGCACAGUCCAGCUCUCUGCUUGGCUCCUUGUCCUUCAGGUCAAGGCUUGCCUUUACUCCACCUCACAAGUCUGUCAGGAAGCAUGUUAUAUCAUCAAGAACACCUCCUGCUUUAUGUCACCAGACUGUCCUUCAUGGGAUACCAUGGAAGAAAGCCAGAAUCCAGUAGGUUUUUAUUGUAGGCUAUAGCCUGAGGACUGUGAAAGAAUACAGAUCCUUCAAGGGCAAAAGUCUUUGCUGUUGACAUGGAGGGGGGCAUUUCAGUUUUCAGAGACAGACCCAGAUGACUUUGUGGGAGAAACAGGCUUGCUUGCCAAGGAGGGAACCAGGAGGAUUUGAGCCGCUGGGGAUGGGACUCCUCCAUGGUAGAGAAGUGGCUUGACAUUUCUCCUAGAGCUUUAAAUUUAAAAUGUGGGCACAUUCCCCCCCCCCUCUUUUUCUUUUGAGACAGUAUUUCACAC